AUGCCGAAGAUUCGAACAACGAGAACGAAGAAGCCCCCAGAGGGAUUUGAGGACAUUGAAGGUAUCCUCGAUGACUAUGCGAAGAAGAUGCGUGACGCCGAGAAUGAAAGCCAUGAAGGCAAGCGCAAAACAGAGUCGCUAUGGCCUAUUAUGCGCAUCUCGCACACCCGCUCACGAUACAUUUAUGAGUUGUACUACAAACGCGAGGCGAUUAGCAAAGAGCUGUAUGACUGGCUUCUGAAAGAGGGCUACGCGGACGCCAACUUAAUUGCAAAGUGGAAGAAAUCUGGAUACGAAAAACUGUGCUGUGUGAGAUGUAUUCAGACCAGGUCCGGACAACUUCUGGUCGACUUUCGGCGGCAAGGCAGUCUCGCUUGGAUAUUCAAGAUGGGCGUUCUUGUCAGGGAGUUUCUCGAUGUCACUAGGAUGUUCAAGCGGGCCAGUGCACCGGAACAGUCUGUUCUGUUUGCGGGGCAGAAUCCGAUAGCUUAUAACCCCAACGACCCUCUUCCCCUAUGGGUUGUUCAAAUUCUCGUUAUCAUAGGGAUGACCCAAUUACUGGCCCUUAUCCUGGGUCGCAUUCGCCAGCCCCGAGUAAUUGCAGAGGUCAUUGGGGGCAUUCUACUUGGUCCCUCUGUAAUGGGUCGUAUCCCUGGAUUCUUAACCAACAUAUUCCCCACGACGUCCAUGCCUGUCCUGGUUCUUACCUCUGACAUAGGAAUCAUGUUGUUCCUAUUUCUGGUAGGCAUGGAAAUCGAUGUUCGGGUGAUGCGACGGAAUGCAAGGGCGUCCUCGAUUAUUUCUAUUGUGGGCCUGGUCGUGCCCCUGGGCCUUGGUGCGGCACUUGCUGUACCCAUCUACCACACCUUCAUAGAUGAUACCGUCAAUUUCGGUUAUUUCAUCUUGUUCAUCGCUGUCGCUGUUGGGAUCACCGCCUUUCCUGUGCUCUGUCGUAUUCUUACAGAGCUAAAGCUCGUGGAGACGACUGUUGGUGUGACUGUGUUGGCUGCAGGAGUUGGUAACGACAUUAUUGGCUGGAUACUAUUGGCCUUGAGUGUCGCCCUGGUCAACGCAUCGAAUGGGAUUACCGCACUGUACAUUUUGCUUUCUGCAGUUGCAUAUGUUCUAUUCUUGACUCUUCCUGUGCGAUGGGCCUAUCACUGGUUAGCGAGGCGCACAGGAUGCAUUGAGAAAGGACAACCUAAUUUGAUGAUGAUGACCUUGACUAUCGUUAUCGUGCUUGUGUCUGGCUUCUUCACUGAUAUUAUUGGCAUUCAUCCCAUAUUUGGUGGGUUCGUCGCAGGAAUUAUUAUCCCACACCAGAAUGGAUAUGCCAUCGCACUCGUUGAGAAGAUCGAAGAUCUAGUAGCCGUCCUGUUCCUACCCAUCUAUUUCACGAUCUCGGGACUCCGUACCGACCUGGGAUUGUUAAACAAUGGAAUCACUUGGGGUUACACAAUUCUGAUUUGUGUGGUCUCAUUCUUCUCGAAAUUCAUAGGUUGUUCAAUCGCUGCGAAGUUGACUGGAUUCACCGUCCGAGAGUCAGGCGCUGUAGGCUCGUUGAUGGCGUGCAAGGGAUUGGUUGAACUCAUUGCCUUGAACGUCGGUCUCCAAGCUGGUAUACUCAACACCCGCGUCUUUUCUAUGUUUGUACUCCAUGCUCUCGUGACGACAUUUGUGACAACACCACUUGUGCUCCUGUUCUAUCCUGAGCGCGUCCGUGUCCAUGCUGACGCGCUGCAGGGAGGUGCUGUCGGUAAGAUAGAGAAGGGUGCCUCCAGUGGACCCGGUGGACCAUUAUCCGACACAGUCAAGACUACGUUCACCAUGGUUCUGGACAGGGUGGAACAGUUACCGGCCGCCAUGACGCUCGCACAACUACUCCAACUGCCUUCAACCGGUGUUUCCGCUAGCAUCGAUUUCAAGGCAUCAGAUCCCCAAAUAACUCCACCUUCUCCCACAGAGACGGCUAUCACAGUCGAUGCACUCCGACUCAUCGAGCUUACUGACAGGGCUUCUGCUGUACUCAAGUCUCAUCAAGCGGACAUGCUGGCGCGCAGCGAUCCAGUCCUGAAUGUGUUCCGCACAUUCGGGCAGCUGAACCACUUGAACGUGUCUACUUCGUUGUCUGUCCUAGGGCAAGAAGAUUACCCUCUCCGAGUAGUUCAACAUGUCCGCGAGACGGGUUCUCAAAUGGUUAUCUUCCCUUGGACGAGUACUUUGCCCGGCAACGGUAUAUCUGACGAACGCAGCGAUGGUACUGGAUCGUCGAGUUCUUUGUUAGGCCCAUUCGACUCCAUGAAGCGCGACUGGGCCUCCCCGGCGAUGCCGACCCAUUUCAUGAGGGGGCAUGUUCCACGUCUUCUUACCCUUCUUUGGGGGCCCAGAUGA